UCUCUACUCGUUGCCUAGCAACCAGCUAGCAACACCAAGCUGCACUCACACCAGCGCUAAUCGCCGUGUGUUUCACUCCCAGACCCGUGGAUUAUGUUAAGGAAUAGAACCAAGCCAAACAGUGGAGCGUUUACCAUCAAGGCCGCCAUGAGGAACUCUGUGGUGGCGAGUCCGCCGCCGGCGGGGGCUUUUCACGAGCGCCCCUCCAGGCCGACCAUGUUUCGGAAGUUCUACGAACGCGGGGAGUUCCCGAUCGUGCUGGAGCAUGACACCAAAGGCAACCGUAUCGCUUGGAAGGUGGAGAUCGACAAGCUGGACUACCACCACUUCCUGCCGCUGUUCUUCGACGGUCUUUGCGAGACGACCCACCCUUAUGAGUUCUUUGCCCGACAAGGGAUCCACGACCUGCUGGAGCACGGCGGCCCCAAGAUUCAGCCCGUCAUCCCGCAGCUCAUCAUUCCAAUCAAGAACGCCCUGAACACGAGGAACCGCCAGGUAAUCUGCACCACCCUGAAGGUCCUGCAGCAUCUGGUGAUGUCCAGCAACACAGUCGGAGAAACCUUGGUGCCCUACUACCGACAGAUCCUGCCCAUCCUCAACAUCUUCAAGAACAUGAACAUCAACUCCGGAGACGGCAUCGACUACGGCCAGCAGAAGCGAGAGAACGUGGGCGACCUGAUACAGGAGACUCUGGAGGUGUUGGAGCGCUACGGCGGCGAGGACGCCUUCAUCAACAUCAAAUACAUGGUGCCCACCUAUGAGUCCUGUAUGAUUGGCUGAGGCAAGGGAAGGGUUAAUCUUUAUCAACUUCCGACUCACUUGUUUGAUUCUAGAUAUCCUUUUUUCAUGGCAUAAUUUCUACUCAACUGUCUGUUGAUAUUUUUUUUUUUGUCUUUGAGUCAUUUUAUUCAAGUGGAGAUUGAGGGCCAAUCCUUUCUCAAGCAAAUGGCGCAGAAAAUCUGUUUGACCAAUGAGUGAUCAGCAGUUGUUACCCAUGUGGUAUCUGCUUGGCACUCUUGGAACCCUUAGCAGACCGGAUACUACAAUUGUGUCUUAGGACCGUAAAUUGCUACAUGUAAUACAUCAAAGUUUUGUCACCAUUACACAAAUGCUCAAUGACUUACGGAAAAUGUGUUUUUGUUGUGUCCCUGACAUGUUUUUCUAACAAUCUUGCUCAAAUUUAAAAC